CGUUGUAUCCGCAACAAUUGACGUAGGCUUUCAAGCCGUUGGACCAGUCGAAUCCGCCGUUUUCGUCCACAAUAGAUUGCGUCUACUCAAGCUUUGCCAGCAUUCCACGGAUGGAAGCGAGUGGCGGCGAUCUCUCUGUUGUGGUCAUAUUAGAGACCGUGGAGCAGCAGUCGAAACCAGAGACUGAAGAACAGGUGCCGUCAAUGGAUGUCCGCUUCGCAACACCUCCUCCUUCAGGAGUGCCGUCGGCAAAAUACGUGGACGAAAUCGGAGGUUUGAGCCCAAGUGACAAAGACACUGCCUGUAUUAAAGACGCUGCUGAAGCGAAACGAGCACGACGUUCGGCUAUUGAGAAGAAAUCAAGGCAACGAAGACAGGGAAUCCUUAAAAGUAUGCGAGAGGAAGUCAAGCGGUUGGAGGAAAUGUACUCAGAAAUGGAAAAACGGAAUGAAGUUGGAGCCCUUUUCAGCCUGGUACAAUGGCAAAGCCUCGGGGAUGCAACUACUGCAAAUUUGAACGAGUUGCAGCAAAAAUACUCGGAGCUUACGCUGGUGGCACAUGCUCUCUCGCAAGAUCAAGUAGUUCUUCAGAAUCUCCUACAAGAACACAAAAACUUUAAUCGAACCGUCAGUAGUCUGUUAGAGGAAACCCAAGCAGAUACUUUCGCAAUUUGGGAUAGUGGUGUACCUCCGAGCUCUUCUUUCGCUGCCAAGUUCCGUCCUCUUUCGAUUGCAGAGGGCUAUGCCCUUGUACGCGAAUCCUACGAAGAGAUCCAGAAAUUUACCGAAAGUGAAGACUUCGACACUACAGGGGCAAGUUUUAUGGGAUGGACUGAUAAACGCAAGUUCGACCAGAACUCGCAAGCUUUGCAGUACAGUUUUACCAAGCAUUUUCCAUUCGAGGACCCACAACACGUCUUCACGAAGAGCUGGAACUCAUUUUUGGAUGGCCCAAAGUUGGAGAACCUGGCAUUUGAUAAUUCUGUUCAGAGUCGCUUCGAGGUGCUGCAGGUACUGAACGAUGACUUGCUGAUCAUCCGUCGAGACCACCGAAUGCCAAGGUUUCCAAUGACCUUCACCUCGGUCCAGGUAUUGUUUCGCUUGCAAACUACUACAGGUUACACGUUGUGUAUCCGCUCGAUCUCGUCGCCAGAAAUCACGAAUUUACUUGAGCCACACGAAUAUUUGAUCGACGUUUUCCACUGGACACAUUUUAACCGGUUGUAUAACGAAUACGACGAGCCUGCAGGGUGCGAGAUCGUGACGGCCGGAUCUAUCAAUGAUCACAAUCGUCUUAAGUCGGAUUACUGGCUAUUCGAGAUCGUGUGCUCGGUUUUGCGCUGGGAGAGCUUAACCAUUGCUCCGGUGUUUUUAAUUCGGACACAAUAAAGCCAUCGUACGUUUGAGGUCCAGCACCCGUAAACCUUUCGUUCAGGGUAUUAUAUUCCAAGCCUCUAUUAGGUGCCGAUAUCAUUUGAC